AUGGCCUGGGGAGAUAUCUCCAUUAAAAUAUAUCCUUCUGAAGCCAAAGAUAUAGACAAUGCCCCAAGAAUUGAGACAAGUGAAAGUCCUGCAAAAAUGUACAAAGUGUCAACUAUGAGACAAAUAUUUGAUUUGGCAAAGCAUCGAACAAAAAGAUCAGCAUUUUUCCCAACUGGGGUUAAAGUCUGCCCACAGGAAUCCAUGAAACAAAUUUUAGCCAGUCUUCAAGCUUAUUAUAGAUUGAGAGUAUGUCAGGAAGCAGUAUGGGAGGCAUAUCGGAUCUUUCUGGAUCGCAUCCCUGACACAGGAGAGUACCAGGACUGGGUCAGCAUCUGCCAGCAGGAGACCUUCUGCCUCUUUGAUAUUGGGAAAAACUUCAGCAGCUCCCAGGAGCACCUGGAACUUCUUCAGCAGAGAAUAAAACAGAGAAACUUGCCUGAGAUAAAAGGUGAAAUAACUACAGAGGAGACAUUGGAAGAUCCUGGUGGAACCCCUGUGUUUUCCGCAGACGUUGCCAGUGUCUCACUUGGGCCCUUCCCUCUUACUCCUGAUGGCACACUCAACGAGAUUUUCAAAAUUACUCUCAACGACACCAAAAUACCUACAAAGGAAAGAGAAACUGAAUUCACUAACAAGUUUGAGGAUCCACUGGAGCAGAAGGUGGAGCUCAGCGUCACUCUGGCAAACCAGAGAUUCAAGGUGGAUCUCACUGACUCCCAGUCCCCAUAUUACCAGGAGCUAGCAGCCAAGUCUCAACUCCAGAUACAAAAGGUAUUUAAGAAAGUUCCAGGAUUCAAAGAAAUCCAUGUGUUAGGAUUUAGACCAAAGAAAGAAAGAGAUGGUUUAAGUUUCGUAGAGGUACGACUUGUGGCCAUCUUCAAGAGAGACAACGCAGAAGCAAAGAGCCCUGCGGAUGACCUCCUGUCUUUUGAUUCCAACAAAAUUGAAAGUCAUGGAAUCAUGGAGGAGAGCAGGCAACCAGAAGUCUAUCUCACAGCUAUAGACCUCAAAAAGCUGGUCAGCAGAGCGCUCGAGGAAGACCAAUCCUUGGACGUGGGGACAAUUCAGUUCGUUGAUGAAAUUGUUGAGUCGUUGCCAGGCUCUGAUCAGGACACUCAACCAGUGCUGCCUACACCCCUUGCUGAUAUCACAAAAGGUACUACUUUGAGUCCAGACCUUCCUCUUGAUCAAUCCAGGCUUGAGACAAUUGACAGAGCAGAGCACGGUUUACCUGACAGUUCUUGGUCUCCACCUGCUACGGUGGAGGCCUCUGCCUCACAACCAGAGACUCUACCUUUCUUUACGGGAUCAAGGGUCUUCUCCCUGACUGAUCAAAGUGUCACAGACAUAAUGGCCACUGACCCAACAGCAUUUGUGCCAGGGAUAACCAUCCCCACUGACGAUUACGCUGCCAUCAGCCAAUCUGCUACAGAAAUUUCACAUUCUCCUGCAUUUUCAAAAGACAGCAGAUUGAGUACAGACAACCAGUAUACAGUCAGAGACCUAGAUGAAAUGGGCCUGUCCAACACUCCUGCCUUGUCUGAGGUACCAAGACACAGUGGAUAUGUUUCUACCCCAGGUCAUUUCUUGGAGAAUACCACUCCUGUCCCAGCUUUACAGUAUAUCACCACUAGAUCUAUGACCAUCGCUCCCAAGGGCCAAGAGCUGGUAGUGUUCUUCAGUCUGCGUGUUGCUAACAUGCCCUUCUCCAACGACCUGUUCAACAAGAGCUCUCUGGAAUACCAAGCUCUGGAGCAACGAUUCACUCAGCUGCUGGUUCCAUAUCUACGAUCCAAUCUUACGGGAUUUAAGCAACUCGAAAUACUUAACUUCAGAAAUGGGAGUGUGAUUGUGAAUAGUAAAAUGAGGUUUGCUAAGUCGGUGCCAUAUAACCUGACCAAGGCCGUGCACAGGGUCUUGGAGGAUUUUCGUUCUGCUGCAGCCCAACAACUUGAUCUGGAAAUAGACAACUACUCUCUCGACAUUGAACCAGCUGAUAAAGCAGAUCCCUGCAAAUUCCUGGCCUGCGGGAAAUUUGCCCAGUGUGUAAUGAAUGAGUGGACCAAGGAAGCGGAAUGUCGCUGCAGACCCAGAUAUGAGAGGCAGGGGGGCCUGGACCACCUGGACCCACGUCUCUGUGGCCCCGAAGAGAAAUGUGAGGUCACUCAGGGAAAGGGAGCCACGUGCAGAUUAUCAGUUACACGAAACAAGCAAUUAUUAAGUACCUGGGCUUUUGAAUUACGAAGCUUAUAA